UGAAGGCGAAAGAAGUGAAGCACACACAUAAGCCUAGAUCUUGUUAAGAGACUUUAUAUAACUGCCUCCUAACUAGUCCUCUUGGCUCCUGUCAUUUUAAUCCACACUCUCCUCACCAUGGACCCUGAAGUCAAAUCUCUGCUGUCGAGGGUGACAGAGACUGGGAGAUUGUUGGAGGAGCUGGCCAGUUUUGACCCAGAUAGUGCGCGAUGUCGUCAGGCGCGCAGGGAGCUCCUAGCUACGACCCAGAAAUUGACUUCUGCCCUCCAGAAUGAGGGCCAGAUAGUAGAGCAAUAUCUCUAUGGGGUUAUCGAUUCCCUGCUGUUGAAGGUUGGAGCCGAUUCCGGAAUUCUCCAGAAGGUAGUUGCUAGCGAGAAGCCGGUCUCCCUCCAUGACUUGGCAGUAGCUACAGGUGCCAACGAGACCCUGCUAGCACGCAUUAUGAGAGGUCUUACGUCAAUCCACGCUGUCGACGAGGCGGGGUUGGAGGUCUACAGCUCCAACAAAGUGACUCGGGCUAUGACUACUGUGAAGGGUAUCUCGGGACUCGAUCUGUUCCACAACGUGAUUCACGCUGGCUGGAUGACCAUCCCCAAGUUUUUGAAGGAGACCAAGUAUCAAAAUCCGACCGAUCCCGCCGCGAUGCCCUUCAACAAGCAAUUCGACGGGGUCAAAUAUUUCGACUGGCUCGCGACCCAGCCCGAUCUGCUCCAUUCGUUUCACCUUUUCAUGACCACCCAGCGCGUGGGCCAUGUCCAGUGGCUGGAUUUCUAUCCGCUUGAGCAGGAACUGGUCCCUGAAUUCGACAAGCAGGACCCUAAUGCAGUUCUCCUGGUGGAUGUCGGAGGCAGCGUGGGUCAUGAGCUCAAGGCCGUCAAACAGCGGUACUCCAAUAUCCCUGGCCGCAUGGUGCUGCAGGACCGUCCGGCAACCAUCGAGCGCGUGGAGCUGGUUGAUGGCAUGGAGGCCAUGGCGCACGAUUUUUUCACCGAGCAGCCAAUCAAAGGAGCCCGUGCAUAUUACUUCCGCAGCGUCUUGCAUGACUGGGAUGACGAUCGAUGCCGCAUCAUUCUCAAACACAUCCGAGAUGCCAUGAAGCCCGGUUAUUCGAAGAUCUUGAUCAAUGAAUUCAGCAUCCCUCUGGAAGGGCCCUGCUCCUUUGCCACGCACUCCGAUUUCUUCGUGAUGGCAGUCAACGCCGCCGUGGAACGAACAGAGCGGCAGUGGGCGGAACUAAUUGACUCCGCCGGGCUGAAGAUCGACAAGAUCUGGACUCUGGAACCAGAUUCUGAGAGUAUCCUAGAAGUCAGCAUCAAGGGGGAAUAG